AUGUGGAUGUACACAAGGAUACGCCGUGGUGGCCGAGACAGUCGCAGUGCUGAACGAAGUAGUCGUAGUUUCGGAGGCGGAGGUACUUCUAGCUUAAUGAGACGCAACGACCGCAACGGUGGCCGGGUGGAGAAGCGUUUCGAUCGCAUGGAACGAAACGGGGAAAAUUUGCGCAGCAUCCGGUGGGAUCAGGUAAAGCUGGAAGCUUUCCAGAAAAACUUCUUCCAGCCAGCUAGCAGCGUCCUGAACCGUUCUCGAGCGGAGGUCGAUCAGUACUUGGAUAAGAACGAGAUAACGGUGUACGGAAAGAAUGUGCCUGCACCCAUACUUCAUUUUCACGAGAGUGGCUUUCCGCAGUACAUGCUGGAUGAGUUCCAGAGACAGGCAUUUAAAGAACCGACCUUCAUCCAGGCGGUCGGUUGGUCUAUUGCAAUGAGCGGUCGCGAUAUGGUCGGUAUCGCCAAGACGGGUAGUGGCAAAACGCUCGCCUACAUCCUGCCUGCGUUGGUGCACAUUAGCAACCAGCCGCGUAUCGUGCGAGGUGACGGUCCCAUUGCGCUGGUUCUGGCGCCAACGCGUGAGUUAGCCCAGCAGAUAAAGCAGGUGUGCGACGAUUUCGGACGUCGAAUGGGCAUCUACAAUACGUGUGUGUUUGGAGGAGCGUCAAAAUAUCCGCAGGAGAAUGAUCUUCGUCGUGGUGUUGAGAUCGUAAUCGCCACUCCGGGACGGUUGAUUGAUUUUCUCGAGCGUGAAACAACCAAUCUGCGCCGUUGCACGUACCUCGUGUUGGACGAAGCCGAUCGUAUGCUGGACAUGGGCUUCGAGCCGCAAAUUCGCAAGAUCAUCUCGCAAAUCCGUCCCGAUCGCCAGGUGCUGAUGUGGUCCGCUACCUGGCCCAAGGAAAUCCGCAAGCUGGCUGAGGAGUUCCUGCGCGAUUACAUUCAGAUAAACAUCGGCUCGUUGAAUCUGGCUGCGAACGAAAACAUUCUGCAAAUUAUCGAUUGCUGCGAAGAGUAUGAGAAAGAGAAUCGUAUGUUCAAGUUGCUGGAGCAAAUUUCAGCGCAGAAUGAUGGCAAAACCAUCAUCUUCGUCGAAACGAAGCGCAAAGUGGACAAAAUUGUGAACGUAAUUCGUCGGCAGGGUUGGCGUGCGGAUGGAAUUCACGGCGAUAAAUCUCAAAAGGACCGCGAUUACGUUCUGAACACAUUCCGCCGCUCGAAUAAUGGUAUCCUGGUCGCGACAGAUGUGGCCUCGCGCGGUUUAGAUGUGGACGAUGUAAAGUUUGUCGUUAAUUUUGACUUCCCAAACAACACCGAAGAUUAUGUUCAUCGCAUUGGGCGAACGGGGCGUUCAACUAACAAAGGUACUUCGUACACGUUCUUCACUCCAGCCAACUCAUCGAAGGCUACUGACUUGAUCAGUGUGCUUCAGGAUGCCAAUCAGUAUAUCAACCCGGAACUGCAAGAGUAUGCCCGCGGUGGAGGCCGUCACCGUGGAGGCGGUGGUCGCAUGCGUGGAAAUAUGGGUAAUGGUGGCCGCGACCGUGGUGGUGGUCCUCGCGGUGGAAGAAUGGGCGGAGGUAGUCGAUUCGGCGAUUCGAAACCAGGACGCGAUGACGGCAUAUACCGCAAUGGCAAUGAAGAUCGUGGUCCUAAGUAUCCGCGUCGGGAUGAAUUUGGUCGGAGCGAUCGCGAUCACCGGGAUGCUGGAUCACGUCCCGGUGCUGGUGGUUACGGUGUCGGAGGAGGUUACGCUGUCGGUGGACUGUCUCGCACGACCAACGGUAUGGCAUCAAACGGUUUUGCCGGCAGCAGCGUUGCAGCCCCGUACGGAAUGGACGAUCGUAGCUACGGUGGACAUUACGGAGCCACGAGUCAAGUACAACCAGCGUAUGGUGGAGGCGUUUACGCCGCCCAAGCAGCCGGUGCUCGGCGUUCGGAAGCUGAUCGCACACGAGUACCGACCGGAGCAGCCAUCGGUUUGUCCGCUACCCCUGCCAUGGCCAGUGCAAUUGCCUACGCGCAUCCCGGUAUGGCACUGAACGGUCCUUAUGGCGCAGGAGUGGGCUAUCAGUACGCUGGUCCUCCGCCGACUGCCAUCGCCCGAGCCGACGGAUAUCCACCUGCGCGAGGAGUCAUGCCGUCGAUGGUAACGGGUGGCAUGUAAAGCUCGAGAUGCCCACGCCAUACCACCUCCUUAUAUUUUUACAUUACGUCCGCACCUAUAUCGUCGCAUCGUAUCGACUGAUCAUGGCUGAUGGCAGGAACAUGUAUGAACUCCUCGUUCGGCAAGCACAGGAAGCGCGAAGAUAUAUGGGAAUCGGCAAUAACCUCAUAAACUCGUGACAAUUUGUUUCGGCUGUAUUAUAUGGAUAAAUUCGAUUGCAUUAAUUUUAAAUGAUUUACGUUAAUUACAUACAAUGCUUUCUACAUGGUAAUUUAAGGAAAUGCAUAGACGCACUUAGUUUUACGGUAACGGCGCAACAUCUAGGUCUAAUUUGAGCGCGUAUUUAUGAACAAUCUAAUUAACAUUUUGAAAUAUUUCCGGAUGAAUAUCAAUAAAGAAUU